AACAGGCAGACGUUUGAUCAGUACCAACUGUGAUGUGUGCUUCUUUUUCCAGUCUGCCCCCUGCCCGUCAGACCUGGUUGCCAUGGCAGCACAGAGACAAGCUAAGGUCGAGCGGUACCGUCAGAAGAAGGAGCUGGAAGCCAGAUUGUCGGACGUACAGAGAGCUGUGGACAGCGGAAAGGCUGAUGAUGAAGUCAGCAGAGAUUUUUACCUUCUGAACAUCCGGAGGUGGGUCACUGUGUGUCUGGAGGAAAUAGAGAGCAUUGAUCAGGAGGUGGAGAUACUUAAGAAGAUGGAUGUUCUGAAGCAUAGUGCUGCCAAGCAGCCGGCACAGCCAGUCCGGCCUCCCAUGAAACCAUUCAUCCUCACCAAGGAUGCUUUACAGGCUCAGGUUUUUGGGGCUGGUUACCCCAGUCUUCCCACCAUGACUGUAGAUGACUGGUAUGAACAGCACAGGAAACAUGGAGCCCUGCCUGACCAGGGGAUCCCAAGGAAGGUCGCUGUGGAGGAUGAAAGUGAUGCAAAAGAGAGGGAAGAAGAGGAAAAAGAGAAAAAGGCUGAACAGGAUGAUGAGGAGUCUCUGCUGAAAGCCAGAAACUGGGAUGACUGGAAGGACACUCAUCGCAGAGGUUAUGGAAAUCGCCAGAACAUGGGCUAACUGAUCCCAGCACAGUGUGUGUCCACCAGCCCUGCUCUGUCUUCAUUUCUAAUACAGGACACUCUUCACAGCUCUGAUCCCCAAAGCCAUGGGUAUGAGAGGGAAACAUACCACAGCAUCACCUGACCACCCUGCUCACUUCACUGAUUGGUUUCUGUGCAGGUUGACACUACAGCUGAUUUCUUCAUGUUACAUUUGCUGUUGUCAGUCAUUUACAGUACAGCAGUCCUGUGUGGUGUCAUGUGUCCAACUGAGUCUUAAUAAAAAUUUACAGUAUGGCUGGACUAAAUGGAGCCCAGUCAUGAUGCCCUUGUUUCUGCUCUGCAGUGUGUAUUCUUCCAACACUGUCGCUGGACAAUAAAGACUGAUCAAACCCUG